UCCAUUGUUUCACACAGACAGUCGGACUUCCUGUUAACUUCCGUAAACAAAAUGUUAGCUAGCUAAUUCAAAAUCAUGAAAAUGUAUUAUGAUAACAUGUAAUGCUUCAACUUCAUCACUUUAUGCAUGUUUAUUCAAAGGAUUUACCCCACCAUCUCGAUGUCUCAUGGAAAUGCGAACUCUGCAACUUCUCUCACUGGAAGAACUGGAGAACUGCUGGAGUGUUCAAAAGCGGAGACAAAUGGAGCCUUUGCAACAGACAGAGUGCUGCCAGUGAGAAUUAAUGGAGGUCCCGGCAUAAGAGGCAGAGAACCAGUUCUCAAAAAGCUGGGUACCAGCAGCGCUGCCUUCAUUGGACCUGUAUGUCGUCCUAAGGCAGUCCAGAGACCUCCCAAGCCGAAAAAAGUAAAGAGACCUUCUAAACCUAACAUUGAAGAGACACUGAAUGAGUUCUAUAAAGAGCUUGAGGAGAUUGAACCAAAAGACAGCGUUGAUGGUAGCAAGGCCAAAAAUGAAGGCUCAGUUGAAUUACUCAACGCUUAUAACCCACCACCUGCAAGAAAAUGGUCAAAUGCAAGCCAUGACCAUAACCAACCUAAUAACGCGCCUUGCCCACACUGGUAUGACAACAAGCCAUACCAGCCCAGGAGACUGAUGCCUAGGGGGCCCCGCUUUGGUCCCAACUCAGAUCACAAUAACUGGCAACCUCCGCCACCUUUCCGCACUCAGCCAUACCCCAGGUUCCACAGACCUCCCCACCGCUUCCCACCACCACCUCCCGCAGACCACCAAUAUCACCCUCAACGAGAGGGCUCCCAGCAGGUCCUACCUUUCCACAGGUUCCCUGUCCCUGAUGGGUACAGGAACUCUCCAGACAUGGAUGACAAUGGCUUUCCCCCACAGCACUCUAACAACCGAGACAGAGGGGGCUACGGUUGGAGUGACGACGAGUAUGAACAGCAGGGUAAUGACCAGCAAGGUUCUUCUAACUGGCAGCAGAGGUUUGACAGAGGACCUGAGCCACCUCAGCCAGAGGAUCAGCAUCAACCACCAGAAGAUACAACAUAUGACUAUGGUCCUUCUCUGGUUCUCAUUCUGAUGAGGGGAGCCCCGGGAUCUGGGAAAUCAACACUGGCCAGGGAACUGCUGUCGACAGGCUCCAGUGGGCUGGUUCUGAGUACAGAUGACUACUUCUCCCAGGAGGAAGGCUACCUCUACGACCCCAGUCUGCUGGGGGCAGCACACUAUUGGAACCAGAACAGAGCCGAAGAAGCGAUGUAUAAACGCUGUUCUCCUGUCAUUAUUGAUAACACAAACAUGCAAGCUUGGGAAAUGAAGCCAUAUGUUAAACUGGCCUUGGAGAGAGGAUACAGUAUCAACUUUCAUGAGCCUCACACCAGCUGGAAAUUUGAUCCCAUCGAGUUAGAGAAGAGAAACAAGCACAGUGUGUCUAGGGAGAAGAUUGGGCAGAUGCUGGAGCGGUUUGAGCUGCCCAUGUCCCUGGACAUUGUGAUGAACUCCCAGGAGCCUUUUAGACCCACAAGACAUCCCUAACAGCAGCAGAGACACAGGAGGACCACUAGUCCUUAUGUCCUGGGGUUGUAUUCAUCAGUGCACACCGUAGCAAAACGUUCUGCACUGUAGAAAAAUGCUUUGCAAAGGAAAACAAAAAUACGUUUCUUAUUGGACAAGUUUAAGUAGUCCCUUCCCGUUUCUGCUUCAUAUUUGUACAUUUUUGUCAUAAAAAAUUUAAUGGGUA